CAAGAACUGUCUUUCAGACAAAUGAACUCUCCAGAAUCGGGGCCUGGGGCAGUAUUGAGUCUCAAGCUUCCAGGAAUCUAGCCCUACGUGCAGCAGAAGGUAAAAGAGCUUGUAAAUGAGCCAUUGUUGCAAAUCCAUACUUUGGCACUGAAACUGUCACAAGUGCAGAUCAAAAGUCGAAAGAAGCUUCAUUACGCAGACCAUGUUCUUGUUCUCGAUAACUCCGGAAAUCAUCUACCAAAACUGGAGUUGGUCAGGAAAGAAUCAAGAGCAUGGAGAACAAUUUUCAGGAGGGUAUCUCGAGGGGUUGAGUUUGCCACUGUCAUGGUCAUUUUCAUGCAAUGAACAUCUCUUGCGUAGGAAGGGAGCUGUAGGAGUGUCCACGGCAUCCCAACACAGCAGCAGGCAGUAUGGGACUGUGCCUCACAAGAUCCAUGCUCACGCUCAUAAGACUCGCAGCUACUGGAUAUGCACUUCGUUAUCUCCAAUGGGCUUGGAAGAGAGGCAUUCAAACAUGCAAGCACACUAUCACUUGCAGCUGUAAAACCUGAGAAGAUAACGCAUUAAAGUGACUUCGUUGGUGAGGUGGACUUAAGGAGGAAUGAAUGUUCUGGACUGAAACAGUAAAUGAGAAAACGAGCAAGCUGCAUCAUUACAAUUAUUGUUAUUUAUAUUAUUGAUAUUAUUGUAUUCUUGAAAUCGGUUUGGACUCUCGAACGUCUAGCUUGCGAUGUAAGACACGUCGGGGAUCUCGUUCACAUGGAGAAAAUUCAGAUGGAAGAAAACAGCCCAGCCAGCCCAACCAAUCAAGACUCGAAGAAUCCAUAGCAGAGCAAUUUCAAAAAUUGUCUGUUCGUCUCGAGUUCUUUAUAGGGAUCAGGGAUAGCGAGUUGUAUGUGUUCUGGAAUACCUGCAGAUGUUGAAUAUGAUGUGAGAUCUUUUCUUGGAAAUAUAGACGGUUAC